AUGAAUGGAGAAUUCCAGCUGCUUCCAAGCGCACUUUUAAGGCAGAUCUUCUUGCUGCUUCAAAAGCCAACUCCGAGCACCAAAAUUUACAUUCAGGGAGCAGCUGUGCAUGCGCUGCUGCCAGAAGUGGCAGCAGCAGCAGCAGCAAGCAAAGCAGCAACAGCAGCAGCAGCAGCAGCAGACGCAGCAGCAAACGUCGCAGCUGCAGCACUAGGGGGUACCGCACCAGCAGAAGCAGUAGCAGCAGCAGCAGCAGCAGCAGCAAAAGGGGCCCCAGCAGCAGCAGCGCCCAGAUCCACAGCGGCAUCAGCAGCAGCAGCAGGUGCAGCAGCAGCAGCAGCAGCAAAUUCGUUUUUGACUGUUCACUACCUGGAGGGCAAUUUCCUCCCACUUACUUUUUGCUUCCCGCUGCAGCGACUCCCUGCUGCUGCUGCUCAGCCGCUGCUGCUACUGCUGCUGCACGCGCCGUUGCUGCUGCUGCCUUUGCAGCAGCAGCAGCAGCAGCAGCAGACCACGGGGCAGCCAAAGGCUGCCCUGCAGCAGCUCGUCUCCAGUCUAAAGGUCAGAGUGCCGCACUUCGAGGCUGCUGCAGCAGCAGCAGCCGCAGCAGUAACUGCCACAGCAGUAGCUCCUGCUGCAGCGGCUACUCCUCGUACUGGCGGAGCCGAGACACCAGCAGCAGCAGCAGCAACUGCAGCAGCAGCAGCCGCAGACUUUCUUUGCAUCCCUGAGCCCCAGUGGGCUGAGAGCAGUGCUGCAGCACUGACUGCCGCAGGGCUCCUGCUGCGUCCGCAAACCCUCAACAGCAGCAGCAGCAGCAGCAGCACGAGCAGCAGCAGCAGCAGCACAAGCAGAAGCAGCAGCAGCAGCAGCAGCAUCAGCGGCAGCAGCACGGAGUGGCGCCCUCCCCUUUUGUCGCCCACAAAGUGUUCUCCACUGAAGUUUAAGCGGGGUAUGGCAUUGGCAGCAGCAGCAGCAACGAAAGCAGCAGCAGCAACAACAAAACCGGCAGCAGCAGCAGCAGCAGCAACGGAUGGUAGCGGCUGCAAGUUUUGCCGAUGCAGCAGCAAGGGAUGA